AUGUUUAACCGAAACAACCUUCCGUCGGUGCCAAAUCCUUUCUCAAGUCGUCCAUCCUCCAGAGGCAACGCGGGUCCUGGUCAAGGAGCUCCCCCACUUCCACAAAGAGACGGGUACACUACCGGACAACCACCCGUCGGUGGCGCAGGGUAUGAGAAAUCGUCGCAUCAGUCCGAUCACGAUGUUCAGAUGACUGAUGCGAAUGCGUAUUCAAGGGGAUAUGGGACUCCAUCACCCAGACCAGGGUACUCACAGAUGCCUCCAAGGAAUCCCGGAGGGGGAAGAUCGCCAGAUGUUUCUUCCCAAGUAUGGGAGCUCCGCCCUGCGAAGAGCCCCGAUAACACCUACACCUUCGGAAAUUUGGUGGCGGUCUCAACAAAAGAUUUCCGGCCUCCCCGUGACGGUCUCGACCUUCUCCUUCUUGUGAACGAUCUCUAUGUCUUUACUGCUCGGCCCCUCGACGGCUUCCCACCCGGACAUAUCAGCAUGUCGGAUCCUCAGCGAACGUGGGCAGGUGUUGCUUUCACCGAUGCCGUCAAGGCUCAAAUAUAUAACCCCUUCAGCCAGGGUGGACAAGCGUAUCUUGGGGCGGCGGAUAUUGAGAUUGGCUUCGCAGGGAAGAAGCGAGUCGACACUCCGUACGACCAGGAUGAUUUGAGCAACGCUGUCAUCAGGACUUUUGAAAAUCAGAUCUUCGCUCCGGGUCAAAAGAUUCUGAUGGACCAUAAGAGCAUACCUCUUCUGCUGACCGUCAAGACUGUCCAGCGAAUUGGUCUUACCUCUGAAAAAGCCCCCGCUGGACGCGUCGAGACGGACCCGACUGCGAGGGGUAUCCUAACGCGGCAUACUCAGAUUACCUUCUUCAAGGAUGGCCGCACCGGUAUCAACAUGAAGUCUUCGAAUCGCCGUCCCGCUGCAAACGCUAUCAUUACUCCCGACUUCAAAUUCGAGGAUAUGGGAAUUGGUGGCCUUGAUGCGGAGUUCAGCACCAUCUUCCGUCGCGCAUUCGCAUCCCGUAUCUUUCCUCCGGGCCUGGUUGAGAAGCUUGGUAUUCAGCACGUGAAGGGCAUCCUGCUUUAUGGUCCUCCGGGAACAGGUAAAACGUUGAUUGCACGACAAAUUGGAAAGAUGUUGAAUGCGAGAGAGCCAAAGGUCAUCAACGGUCCGGAGGUACUGAACAAGUUCGUCGGUCAAUCAGAAGAGAACAUUCGAAAGCUCUUCGCCGACGCAGAGAAGGAGUACAAGGAGAAGGGCGAUGACAGUGGGCUUCAUAUCAUCAUCUUCGAUGAACUGGAUGCUGUGUGCAAGCAGCGUGGUAGUGGAGCAGCGGGUGGCACUGGUGUCGGAGACAGUGUGGUGAACCAGCUGCUGUCGAAGUUAGAUGGUGUCGACCAGCUCAACAACAUUCUUCUGAUUGGUAUGACCAACAGAAAGGACAUGGUCGAUGAGGCCCUGCUGCGACCCGGCCGUCUAGAAGUCCACAUGGAGAUCUCUCUUCCAGAUGAGAAGGGACGUACCCAAAUUCUUAAGAUCCACACUCAAAAGAUGAGAGACAACAAAGUUAUGGAUGACGACGUUGAUUUGGCCGAGCUCGCGCUUCAGACGAAGAAUUUCUCAGGAGCUGAAAUCGCCGGUCUCGUCAAGUCGGCGUCUUCGUUCGCCUUCAGCCGGCAUGUCAAGGUCGGAACCAUGGCUGGCAUCAGUGAAGAUGUCGCCAAUAUGAAAGUGAACCGGGCCGAUUUCCACCAUGCGUUGGACGAAGUCAAACCCGCCUUUGGUGUGUCCGAGGAAGAGCUUUCCAGCCGUAUCCAGUACGGCAUUUUUCAUUACUCUCCUAUGAUCAAUGAAAUCCUGAAGGAAGGAGAGCUUUUCGUAAAGCAAGUCAGCAAUGCCGAGUCCUCGCCGCUUUUCUCUGUUCUAUUGCACGGCCCCACUGCAAGUGGAAAGACUGCCCUCGCCGCUCGAAUCGCCAUUGACUCUGGUUUCCCCUUCAUCAAACUGAUCAGCCCUGAGGAUAUGGUUGGUUUCAGCGAAAUGGCUCGUGUUCAGCACAUCAGCAGGAUUUUCGACAAUGCCUACAAGAGUCGCACAAGUGUCGUUGUCGUCGACAAUAUCGAGAGAAUCAUCGACUGGGUGCCUAUUGGUCCUCGGUUCAGCAACACAAUUCUCCAAACUCUGAUGGUCUUUUUGCGAAAGCAGCCUACCAAAGGCCGCCGAUUGUUGAUACUUGCGACCACAACAGAGCGCGCGGUGCUUAAGCAAUUGGACCUAUACAACUCAUUCAACGCGGACAUCAUGGUACCGAAUGUCAUGACCUACGACGAGUUGCGUUACAUCAUGGAACAGUCCGGUGCGUUUGAAGAUUCUGAGAUUGAUCAAGCACUGGAAGAAGUUGGUGGUCUUACCGAGGAUAAAACCAUUGGUGUUGGUGUGAAGAAGGUGCUGUUGGGCAUCGAGACGGCGAAACAGGACCCUGAUAAGGUGGGCCGGUUUGUUCGUGUGCUCAACCGGGCGAUCGAGGAAGAGCGGACUUUUGAAUAG